AUGAAUUAUCAUAAAUGCUGCAUUGAAGAGUGCCAAUGCCAAGCAGAUAUAAAAUGCUCGUGCAUGAUUUACCUGUGUGAAAAUCAUCGAAAUGCUCAUUUGGGUGGGAAAACCCAUCAUUUUUUAAAUUUACAGACUAUAGUAAAUGCUCAGACACAAAGAGAAGCCAUAAAUUAUUUGCAAAGAGAAAUAGAAAAGCUGAGAUUUCUUAGGACAUAAUUAAACAUCGCUUUUCAGCCCGAGCAUGGCUUCCCUACCAUGCAGCCUCGAAUAUAUAUUUAAUUAUAUCUGGCCAACCAGAAUGGCUGCUUACUUACUAACUAACCUAAAUUACUUAUAAAAAAUUCCCCUUUAGGCCACUACUCGCCUCCUCAUAAAGCUCCACCUCUUGGUUGCAAGUGCGAAUACGACCUUCCUCUGUGUCAUUCCUCACGGGCGAGUGCUUACACUCGCUACCCAAGAGUUUGUGACGCUGGAUCACCAUGCAGUGAAUCAAAGGUUCGCUCUUUCAAAAUUCUAAAAAUCGAAUUUUCUGGACGGGCUGUCCACUAAAUGGUGAGACUUGGAGUUGGAAAGAGGAUUAUGCAAAGGCCUUUAUGCACCACAAGAUCAAUAGACCAGGAGCUACGCGCUAGACUUAAGUUUUACCAUUUUGCAGAGUCAGCCAGAAUUCCCAUUAUUUGAAAUUUCUAUACAGGCAAUUUGUGCUCAAGAUCUGGAACUGGAAGCACAGUCAUCGAAAUCAGAAAGACCAAAGCCCAGGGACUAUUCGGCCUUGAAGCCUACGCGUGUGCACGACACAGUGAUGGAGUGGGAAAACUCGAAAUAGAAGGGGAAGUCCUUGUGGGCGGUAUAGAAUUGACGUUAAACUAGGCUCUUAAAUCUUAAAUGAAUUAAUCGUAUCGAGAAUUCUUAAGGGUAACUUAGUUAAUGAAGUGUACAAAAAUAUUAUGAAAAUAGAGAGCAAGCUUGAAAUUUUUUGUUCAAAAAUUGAUAAUGAUAUAGAAGAAAUAGCUAAAUACACAAAGCAGAUAUUGGAAAUUGAUCAGUUCUCUCACUAUGACGAAAAUUCUGAAUUUAAAUGGCUCAAUGGAAAUAGCGAUGAAGGAGUGAGCCUUUUACUCCCCCCAAACCAUUGGAAAAAUCCUAUUUUUUUUUUCAAAAAACCCCACCAUCCUUGAGUGAACAAAUAUUUUUAUAAUGAAAUCUCAGCUAAUUCUGCUUAAUUUUAAACAGCUUCCUUUUUAAAACAUAAAUUUUACAAGAUAAAUUAAUUUUUAUUUCUCGAUUUUUGCGGAUUGUGACAUUAUUUUAAUUUCUAAAAACAUUAUUAUAAUCUUUAUUUAUAUAUAAAUUUUUAACUCCUCUAUGAGCAAACAAUUAUUUUGUUCACUCACGGGAGUUAGAAAAAAAAUUCAGAGAUAGACUUAGAGCUGAUCAGGUUGAUAAUUUAGUAUAUGAUAUCUUUUAUAAAGAAGUUCUGGAUAUUGAAAAAGCCAAAAAUCUAAUUGUGAUUUCUGGACUCGAAGAGAAGUCUCUUUCUCUUGAAACUGAAAUAGUGGACUUAAGAAAGCACUAUGAAAUUCUUCAGCUUCAAUUUAAAGAACUAACAGAAAAAUAUGAAAAUGAAAAAGAAUUUACACAUACGCAUGGAGGGCCGUCUGUUAGAUGCUGCUUAUGCCGCAGAUUUUUUUAUGAUGACCAAUUGGUAAUCCAUGAUUGUGGAUGCGUUUCAUGCAAAAAUUGCAAGUUACCAGAAAAUCGAAAAAUUGAAGAUUUUGAUCAAAAUGAGCAAAAAGUAUUUUGUUGGGUCUGUGGGAAAUUCAAAGAUAAUGAAAAUAAUUGGAUAUGUUUUGAAGAGAAGCUCAAAAAAGCUAUUAAUACUUCAUAA